AUCGACAGAAAUGCAAAAACUUUCUUGUACAUCUGUAAAACAUAUUUUAUUAUUGUAGAAAUUGGUUUAAUAAAACACUAAUCAUCCAUUAAAAAUGGAAGUUAUAGUUGCAAAUGUUGAUCAUAUCAAAUUUGACAUAGAUUACGCUUUAGAAGAACAAUAUGGAGCUCUUCCUUUACCGUUUCCAGGAAUGGACAAAUCGACUGCGGCAGUCUGCGAGUUUUUCGGGCAGCCUGGAGGCUGUGGUAAUGGCCCGCAGUGUCCAUACAGACACGUCCGGGGUGACCGCACAGUAGUAUGUAAACAUUGGCUCAGAGGACUCUGCAAAAAGGGUGACCAGUGUGAAUUUCUUCACGAAUAUGAUAUGUCGAAGAUGCCUGAAUGUUACUUUUAUGCCAGAUUUAAUGCGUGCCACAAUAAGGAGUGUCCAUUCUUACACAUAGACCCUGAGAGUAAAAUUAAAGACUGCCCUUGGUACGAUCGUGGGUUUUGCAGACACGGUCCACACUGUCGCCACCGUCACGUGAGACGUGUGCUGUGCAUGAACUACCUCGCUGGCUUCUGUCCGGACGGAGGCAGUUGCAAGUACAUGCAUCCACGUUUCCAACUGCCCGCACCCCCUGAACAAACGAAAGAUGCAAAACGUCUCCCAGUUUGUCAUUAUUGCUUCGAAGUUGGUCAUAAAGCUUCCAGUUGUAACAAAAUACCCCCUGAACAAAAAGAAGCAGCUCAAAGGCAAGAGGAAGCAAGAUUCCGUGCCCUUGGUUAUGUGAAACCUGUCAGUGAGAACGAAGACACCAACAACAGAGGUCUUCCAAGGAUCAUGCAUAAACCCCUCGAGGAAGUUACCUGCUUUAAAUGUGGGACGAAAGGACACUAUGCUAACAAAUGUCCCAAAGGUCACUUGGCCUUCCUAUCCAGCCAAGCAAACCAAAAUAAUCAGAAUAAUUAUAAAAAACCUAACUAGUAUUAAUAUAUGAAGCCACAUGUAUAUAUGACAGGCUUCAGGACUCCAGUUGUGAUUAAAACUCAUUAAUUAUAAGAUUAUAACUUCAUUUUUAUUAUACACUAGCUGUUCCCGCGACUUCGUCCGCGUGGUUACAAUACAAAUAAUCUAUACAUAUAAAUAAAAUUGGAGUGUCUGUUUGUAAUAUUGUAAUAAUUAUUUUUUACUACAUGCAUAUGAAUAUAAAUACGGUACAUACACCAAAAUAUUUAUUUUCACAAGUUUU